GGUGACACGCCACUAAUGUUGGCGGCUUUGAAUGGCAAGUUACGUGCAGUGAAAUGGUUUCUUGAGAGGGGGGCAACUGUGGCCUGUGAAGAGAAAAGAGGAUGGAACACAUUACAUCAUGCCGCACAGGGCGGAGACACUGAUAUUAUAUCUCUAAUCCAUACUCACCUGCCCAACAUUGACUCAAAAACAAGGGAGGGUGACACGCCACUAAUGUUGGCGGCUUUGUGUGGCAAAUUACAUGCAGUGAAAUGGUUUCUUGAGAAGGGGGCAACUGUAGCCUGUGAAAACAACGUAGGAUGGAACACGUUACAUUAUGCCGCACAGGGCGGAGACACUGAUAUUAUAUCUCUAAUCCAUACCCACCUGCCCAACAUUGAGUCAAAAACAGGCAACGGCUACACGCCACUAAUGGUGGCGGCUUUCCGUGGCGAAUUACUUGCAGUGAAAUGGUUUCUUGAGAAGGGGGCAACUGUAGCCUGUAAAGACAGCAGAGGAUGGAACACGUUACAUCAUGCCGCACGGGGCGGAGACACUGAUAUUAUAUCUCUAAUCCAUACUCACCUGCCCAACAUUGACUCAAAAACAGGGGAGGGUAUCACGCCACUAAUGGUGGCGACUUUGUGGGGCAAAUUGCAUGCAGUGAAAUGGUUUCUUGAGAAGGGGGCCACUGUAGCCUGUGAAAACAACGUAGGAUGGAACACGUUACAUUAUGCCGCACAGGGCGGAGACACUGAUAUUAUAUCUCUAAUCCAUACUCACCUGCCCAACAUUGACUCAAAAACAAGCAACGGCUACACGCCACUAAUGGUGGCGGCUUCGCAUGGCGAAUUACUUGCAGUGAAAUGGUUUCUUGAGAAGGGGGCAACUGUAGCCUGUGAAAACAACAUAGGAUGGAACACGUUGCAUUAUGCCGCAAUGGGCGGAGACACUGAUAUUAUAUCUCUAAUCCAUACUCACCUGCCCAACAUUGAGUCAAAAACAAGCAACGGCUUCACGCCACUAAUGGUGGCAGCUUUCCGUGGCAAAUUACAUGCAGUGAAAUGGUUUCUUGAGAAGGGAGCAACUGUAACUUCUGUUGAGAGCCAUGGAUGGAAUAUAUUACAUGGUGCCGCACAGAGCGGUGACCCUGAUACCAUUGAUCUUAUCCUUACCCACCUGACGGACAUUGAGUCAAAAACUGUUUAUGGUGAAACACCUCUUAUCAUUGCUGUUCGUCUGGGCAAGCUGCAGGGUGUAAAGUGUCUUCUUGAGAGGGGAGCCAAUCCUUUGGCUGAAGAUAACAAAGGACAGAAUUCUCUAUAUCACGCCUCAUCAUGUGACUCAGAUUUCUUUGACUUGCUGAUGCGUUACGCAUGA